GUCCCUCCAUCUACUUGUAAUGAAUGGAGAGAGAAAAGCGUGAGUCACUGACGUUUGUGGGUGGCGUUACUGUGCGGCAAAUAAGAUACCCGACGAUGGUGGGAAGGGAGCCAGUCUGGGCGAGGACAGGGAAGGGUGAAGGUGGCAGCCCCGCAAGCCAGAAACAUGACCCAGUCCCCAGCCAAGAGAGGAAGUGGUGGGUGGCGGUGCGUGGGCGUGGUGACGUGGGCGGCGCUGGUGGGCUUGGUGGGCGUGGCGCUGAUGCCCCCACUCACGGCUGCCCAGUAUGGACCCGGCACCUACCCAGACAUCCAGGGGGACUACUGCAGGAAGAGGCUGGGACCAUCUGGCCGGUGCUGUCCUGGGCGUUAUGACGACUGUUCUGUGCCCAUCCGCGGUACCCUGUGCUAUUGUGACCAAUUCUGUAACCGCUCCGUCAACCCAGACUGCUGCCCCGACUACUGGGAGGUGUGUCUAGGGGGGCCGCCGCCGCUAACUCAUGCCUGUAACAAGGACGGCGUGAACAUCAUCAGCGGGACAUACAAGAUGUUCAACUGCAACAAGUGUACGUGUCACAACGGAAGGCUGGACUGUGAGGACGACGCCUGCCUGGUGGACGAGAAGGUGAUCAGUCAGGUGAACGCCGACCCGCGGCGCUACGGCUGGACUGCCACCAAAUACUCUGAGUUUUGGGGUAGAAAGGCCCAAGACGGCAUGGUGCUGAGGACUGGCACACUGAACCCCGAGGCGCUGUCGAUGCGGAUGUACCCGAUCCUGCUGCGACCAGACUUGAGGCGCAUCCCCAGGCAGUUCGACGCGCGGUACAAAAUGGAGUGGCGUGGAAAAAUCAGCCAGGUGCGAGACCAGGGUUGGUGCGGCGCCUCCUGGGCCUUCUCCACCCUGGGUGUCGCGCAAGACAGGCUGGCGGUGGAGUCCCAAGGCAACGAGAGCGUGACCUUGUCCCCCCAACACCUGCUCAGCUGUGAUCGUCGGGGACAGAGCGGCUGCAAGGGCGGGCACGUGGACCGGGCGUGGCAGUACCUCAGGAGGAUUGGUGUGGUGAAUGAAGGAUGCUUCCUCUACGAGAGCGGCACAUCGGGGAAGGUGCCAAAGUGCCGCAUACCACGAGGAGCCAACCUAAUGAACCUGCGCUGCGCCAACGACGAGGCUGUGUACAAGCGGCGCGAGAUGUACAGGAUGGAGCCCGCCUACCGCAUCUCGGGGAAGGAGGAGGACAUCCAGUGGGAGAUCAUGACCGGCGGCCCCGUACAAGCCAUGAUGAAGGUGUACAAGGACCUGUUCAUGUACGAGCGGGGCGUGUACGCCGCGUCAGGCCUCACGCGAGAGGAGCCCGUCAGCCACUCCGUCAGGCUUAUCGGCUGGGGGGAAGAGGACACCGGCUACGGCCAGCCUACCAAAUACUGGCUGGCGGCCAACUCGUGGGGGCAGGGGUGGGGCGAGAACGGCUUCUUCAAGAUCAGGCGCGGCUACAAUGAAUCAGACAUUGAAACCUUCGUCCUGGCGGUGCGUGCUCGCCUCAACGACUACGACAGGAGGCUGGGCGGGCGGCGGAGGGCGGGGCGACACACGCAUCGGCGCCACCACAGCUCCAAGCGUCACCACUAGAGGGCGUCGGGCCUUCCAGCUCCUCAACUCGUGCUCUAUUUAAGUUCCCUUCACUGUCUUGUACUCGGUCCGUGAAAAUCUCCCAUUUUUUCCUUUUUUUUUUCCGUUAUGCUGUCUGCCGUGUGCUGAAGAUGACCUCUUGUCGGGGAAAAGACAUGACAGCGUAUUUUUUCUUUAUUGUUACCAUUUUUUAUUGAUAUCUUUUUAUCUUUUUUGGUAUAAUUAUUAUUAUUAUUAUUAUUAUUAUUAUUAUUAUUAUUAUUAUUAUUAUUAUUAUUGUUAUUAUUAUUAUUAUUAUUAUUAUUAUUAUUAUUAUUAUUAUUAUUAUUAUUAUUAUUAUUAUUAUUAUUGUUAUUUUAUUGUUAUUAUUAUUAUUAUUAUUAUUAUUAUUAUUAUUAUUAUUAUUAUUAUUAUUAUUAUUUUGUUAUAUUUCGUUGUUGUUUGCAUUUCCACCCAUCAUCUGUCAGUGUUUUGUAGUCGCGCCUUGGCAUUUUCUCAUUGGUAGUUUGUCCUCCCAUCUUUCCCCGUGACGCCAUCUGACGUGUAGGCGUGUAGGAGGUGGCUUUAUGUAGAGGGGAAAAGACAUGAUAGCUGGUGUGAUUUUUCGUAUUAUUACCAGUGUUAUUGACAAUUUUAUUAUUAUUAUUAUUAUUAUUAUUAUUAUUAUUAUUAUUAUUAUUAUUAUUAUUAUUAUUUUGUUAUAUCUCAUUAUUACCAUUUAUUAUUCACCCAUUGCUUGUUGAAUCCAUCGUGAAGUCUUUGGAUUCGUAGCACCACCAAGCUGAGAGGAAAAUUUAACUUGUACCCGAGCUUAACCUCAGAGGGACGCCACAGGUGGACCUCAAGCCAAGAACCGCCACUGCAAGACCUGCUCACACGAGGCUGCUCCCUGUCCACCAGCGCCUCACUGCCCUCCUGGCGAGGCGGCGGGGCAGCGGUAGAGCCUCGGCGGUGUGGGCAGGAAGGGACGUCUCGUGGAGGGCUUUAGCGUGCGUCCAAGGCCCCUAUUCAGAAACGCCUUGUUUUCUCACCCCGACAUUUUUUCCAAGGCCACAGAGAUGAUUAGACAGAUUUUCAAGAAUGUUUCUCCUUAUAAUAAUAUAGAAAUCUUGUUAAUCUGUCACUAAAACCGUAAAAACACUCAUAAAAACGCCUUGCUCUCUCACUACGACUAUUUUUCGAAGACCAAAGAGAUGAUUAGCCAGAUUCUCAAGUGUUUUUCCUUAUAAUAACGUAGAAAUCUUGUAAACUAAAACCAUAUAAAUACCGUUGAAGAACCCGUGUGGCCUCAACCAGUGCCUUUUGAGAGUAGCGAAGGUGCGGCGCAGAAGUGGUUCAGAUUAUGACCCCAAGGCCCACUGGACGGUGCAUUGCGGCUGUUCAAGGUGGAGAGACUUGGGGAAUGCUGGUGAUGGUGAUGAUAGAAGUAAGAGAGGUAUCGGUUGAUGCGGCUGAGUGUGAGGAGGGAGGGAGGGCUGGGGAAAGGGUGAAAGGGUGGAUCUUCUGUCUGUACAUGGAAUUGGCAAGAAGGGAAAGGAAAAUAUAGCCAUAAUGCAGACAGAGGCUAGAGGGAGGGAGGAAGGGAGGGAAAAAGGGACAGAGUAAAGCAAGGCAUCAGAGGGAAAGUGGAUCAUUGUUCGUGGCCUUGAUCACCUCCACAAGUGGGAGCGUGAGACUGUAGAUAGAAAGUGAAUAAUAAUAAGUAAAUCAAGAAAUAUAUGAGAGAUUUUUGUUACACGUCGCGCCGUUCGUCAUGUACACGGUGGUUUUUCCCGAGGGAGUUCUGACUAAUGGCAACAGUUACAAGAAAGGAGCCAUGCUGUAAAUAAAUGUCUAUGUGGUAUUUUACUUGUGGGUCUUCUUAGGGACGCCUCGCUUGAGUAUGUGCAUUAGGUCCAGUGAGGCGCGAUCACUGUGAGAGGAAAUGCUGUGUUUGUGAUUGGUUGUCUGUUAUUUAGUGAGCUUAUGAUAUGCUUCCUGUAGGAUAAGUGAGCCAACACCACACUGCCACCUUCUAAAUGUUUAACUUUCAUAUUACUUUUUAGCGAACAGUAUUCAUAAUUAUAUAUUUUUUUCCUUAUAAAUACUCGUUAAGGGUCUUUCCACCAGCACACACACGUGGCUGGAUGUUUGUAGCUCCAGUAAUGAAAUUUGCAUACGGUCGAUGUAUAGUUACUGUUCAUAUUAAUGUGCUGAGUAACAUGAAUAAGACGUAAAAUAAUC